GCAUGGUGUAGAGACUGAAUUCAUUACACCAUGCCUACUAUUUCUAAAGGGAGCAUGUAAAUGCUCUGCGUGCCAUAUCAUGCCAUAGCAAGGGCUUGUUCUUCCUAAUAGAGAUGGCUAUAUAAGCAGGCAUUUUCAGAAUUCAAUGUCAUUUUUUGCAUGGUUAGUUAAUAGCUCACUUCAAAACCAGCAUUGGUUCUAUUGUUAUUAUGAUUAUUUUAAAAAAGAAUUAAGCGGAUGCUGCUUCCAGUUGGUGUCAUUCUUUGCCUUGGCUGCUCUUUAAAUAAUGAAUGCUGUAUUGCUAAUUAAUGGCAAUAUCAAAUUAAACCCUUCGAAACUGACGUGUUUCUUAUAAAGCCCGUGCAAUCUAUUUUUAACUCUUACUGCGUAAGAGGUGUGCAUAGGGCUUUGGUUGUUGAGUUUUUCUUUUCAGCAAGGGCAAUCAUCCUGGGCUGAUGUUCAAGCAGAUGUGACAAGGGGCCUUUGCAGUCAGUGGUCAUCUUCAAGCCUUGAACCUUCAGAAAAGGAGAGGAAAGUCCUGUGCUGCAGCUUUAAAAACAAACUAGCACCUUUUCAUCACCACCUUGGAUGAGAAGAUCUCUCUGCAUUCCACAUCUCUCCUUCCCAUUGAUAAACUCAGCUAUCUUGGUCACAGUCGGUUCAAGCAAGGUGUUUUUUAAAACAGCUUCUUUUUUCCUUUAGGGAAAAAAAUUUUUUUUAGUAGUCAAGCUUUCACGAUCUCUUCUCCAUUGCUUUAAACAAGAAUUGCUGAAUGCACUGCCAUGUUAAGACUUAAUUAAACCACAUAAACAGAUGACCAUCAUGUCCCAUUUCAAGGAUCUCAAAGAUGACUUCCACAGUGACACCGUCCUUUCCAUAUUAAAUGAACAACGCAUUCGGGGCAUUUUAUGUGAUGUCACCAUAAUUGUAGAAGACACCAAAUUCAAAGCCCAUAGUAAUGUCCUGGCUGCUUCAAGCCUUUAUUUCAAAAAUAUAUUUUGGAGUCAUACCAUCUGCAUUUCUGGACAUGUGUUGGAACUAGAUGGCCUCAAGGCUGAAGUAUUCACAGAAAUACUUAAUUACAUCUACAGUUCUACAGUAAUUGUUAAAAAACAAGAGUCUGUUGUGGAUCUUGCAGCUGCUGGCAAAAAAUUGGGAAUAUCUUUUUUAGAAGAUCUUACAGAAAAGAGCCUUUCCGGUUCCUCUUGUCUGUAUUCAUUUUGCAAUACUGAAAAAAAUGAUGUGAAAGAAGAAAAAAGACAGGAAGACUCAGCCGUUACAAAUGGACCAAGAAUCACGAAUGCAUACUCAAUUUUUGAAACUGAAAAUAGUAAUAAUUUGUUUUCUCCUCUUGACCUGAGGGCAAGUUUUAAAAAAACGCCUGAAACAAAUAAAGCAUCCAAUAGCGAUCUGGACAGGACUGAUGCAUGCAAAGAGGUUGAGAGAGCCAGCACAUUAGCGGAACAUUCCUAUGCUGUUACAACAGGUUGCAAUGCUUUGCAACAAAAUUCUUUUUAUUAUGAAAACACUCCACUUUAUAAAACUGGUGAAGAUUGUUCUGAAACUGCCGAGUCAGUGCCUCUAGUUAAAUUAGCAACACAGUCAUAUAAUGCACCAAAGGCUAGAUUUAACUCCCAGAUCACAGAUGCUCCUACUGUAAAGACAUCAACCCACCAGGGAAGCAGUUCAGCGGCUCCCCAUAAAGUCAUUAAUGACCUCAGCCAUUCUUUUCAAAAAUCUCAGCUGAAUAAAACCAAUAUUCUCUCUUCGAAGGAAGAUGAAAAUAAAUCUGAUAACCUUUCUGGAUCAAUAGCCACGGACAUUCCACACCCUUAUAACUGCAAUUGUUGUACUAAAUCAUUUAAUGAUAAAACUCAGUUAAGCGUUCUUCAUUCACAAUCUCAAGAGACUUCAGUUUGCAAAUAUUGUAGCAAACAGUUUGAAAAUAUUGCUGGACUAGAGACUCAUGAACAAGCAUGUAGGGGUCCGAACAAUUUUUGUGCUGAAAAUGAACAGAAUAGUCUGGAUAAUUUUGUUCCUUCAAAUGAAAAAAUUGGCACCUCGUAUGUAAGCCCGGAGCCCACAGAAACUGAAAAUGAGUUUACUGAUUAUCCUGCCACAAAUGGCGCAAUGCCAGAAACAGACCAUUUUGUUAAAGUUGUUGGUGGACAGAUACUAUAUACUUGCAGUGUUUGUAAACGUACCUAUGUUACCUUGUCCAGCCUCCGAAGACAUUCAAAUGUUCAUUCUUGGAGAAGAACUUAUCCUUGCCAUUAUUGCAACAAAGUCUUUGCAUUAGCAGAGUACCGUACCAGACAUGAAAUUUGGCACACAGGUGAAAGGCGAUACCAAUGUAUCUUCUGUCUUGAGACCUUUAUGACAUACUAUAUACUCAAGAACCAUCAGAAAUCUUUUCAUGCAAUUGAUCACCGACUUGGUGUAAACAAGAAAACAGCUAAUGGUGGCUUGAAACCAAAUGUAUAUCCUUACAAACUUUACAGGCUUUUGCCUAUGAAAUGUAAAAGGGCACCAUAUAAGAGUUAUGGAAACUCAUCAUAUGAAAGUGUACAAGUUAAUGAAGUUCCAUCUAGCACCUGUAUUAUUCAGAAUACUGUCACUUCUGAACUGGCAUCCUUGAAUUUUGAACACAGUAUGUUGCCAAGUUCCAGCAUUUCUUUGGAUAACUCUCCAUGUGGUGAUGCUACAGCAACCUCUGAAAAUCCUCCAAAUGUUUCUUCCUGGAAAAUGUCAUCAAGGACAGAUAUUAAUAAUACUCCCACUAACAGAAGGACAUUAUCUUCUGUUGAGGAUUCUGGUCCUCAGGAAUAUGAUUCCUCUAAUCAAACAAUUAGUAAUAGCAAUUCCCAUGAGAAUUCAACCUCUGUUAUUAGCUAUAACAAUUCAGCAUCUUCAGUUAUAGUUCAUAGUGGAAGAGUUUCAUCUGUGAUAAUGCACAGUAAUGCUGUCAAGGCAGUAGGAAAAAGUGAUAAGGGAACUUCAGAUAUUGCAAUCAGUCAAGGAGCCAGCAAUGAUCUUAUACAUGAGUCAGACAAUGGCAAUAGUAGAACAAAAACCAAUAAAGAAAAGAAAAAGAUGCCUCUAUAUGACAGAGAAGCAACUUCAAAGGAGGUAAAAUAUACAACGAAUACAGGGAUAGCUUCUAACACAUCUACACAUAUCUUUGAGACUUCAAGCAAGACUGAAACUUAUAUCGCAAAACCUGCACUGCCAGGAACAUCUGCUGACAGCAACGUUGCUCCACUUUGUCAAAUAACAGUUAAAAUUGGAAAUGAAGCUAUUGUGAAAAGACAUAUUUUGGGGUCCAAAUUGUUUUACAAAAAAGGCAGAAGAUCUAAAUAUGAAUCCAAAGACGAUCAGACAGUUCAGGUUGCAGAACGGGAAAAGAGAAGCCUGUCUCGAGUCUGUCCAUCAGACUACAUUGAAAGUGAAAUGGGCGAUGAUAUCAGUGACCAUGACUCUAAUGAUAAACCUUGGCGGCCAUAUUACAAUUACAAACCAAAAAAGAAAUCUAAACAACUAAGAAAAAUGAGAAAAGCAAAAUGGAGAGAGAAAUACAGGAGCAGAAAUUCCUGUCAGGAAAGCGAGAAGACCUAUGUCACCACUUAUGCUCUUAGGAAUAUUCCUGAAGAGAAGGUCUGUAAUCAAGAAGAGAAAAUGCCAGAUCUUAACUGUAAGCUCUGUGAAAGGGAGAACACAUCUACAGAAAUAUCCCAUGAUCACUCACCCCGGGAGACCACAGAGUCUGAGUCUUUCACUUGUGAUUUAUGCCAAAAGCAUUUCCAGAGCUCUUCCACCCUAAGGAUGCACAAGCGGUGUCAUACGGGGGAGAAACCCUACUUUUGCAAAACCUGCGGGAAAAGUUUCUCCAUCUCCAGCAAUUUACAGAAGCAUGAACGCACCCAUUCUGCUGUCAAGGAUUUCAUCUGUCAACACUGUAACAAAGCAUUCAGCCUCAACGAAACACUCAAAAUACACGAGAGAAUCCAUACAGGAGAAAAGCGCUACCACUGUCAGUUUUGUUUUCAGAGCUUCUUAUAUCUUUCCACCAAAAGGAAUCAUGAGCAAAGGCAUAAGCGUGAGCACACUGGGAAAGGCUACGCGUGUUUUCAGUGCCCCAAGAUUUGUAAGACGGCAGCUGCUCUUGGGAUGCACCAGAAGAAGCAUUUGUUUAAACCACCCAAGCAAGAGGACAGAAAAGAUUGUUUGUUUAAUGAAAGCUCAAAAUCGUAUAAAAGUCAACAUGUCUUUGAUUCAGAGAAACAGGAAACAGCUAAACCUCUGCUAACUAAACACAUAACUGAUGCAGAGGGUUACAAAGCCAGUAAUAUUCAGAAUGCCACAUUGGAUGUUGGACUCUGAGUAAGAAAAGGGUGUGGCAAGAAAGAAAAGAGAGAGAUGAAAGGCCAUAGAUGCAAGUAAUUAAUGCAAGAAAUAAAUAAAUAAAUCCCAAUUUACAGAAGUUCUUAAAACUUGAGAUAUAUAUUUUUCACAUAAAUAUAUUGCAUACUUUACAUUUUAAAUGUGCCAUACAAAGCAAAAUUUGGAAACUAUAAUGAAGCUGAUAAAGCCUAAAAAAGUAUAAGGAGAUAUUAAUAUCACUCAGAAGAAAGUUUAUGUAGAAAAGAAUACGCUUAACUGAAAUGUUUAAAAGGAUAUUAUAAAGAAUUUAGUUGAAUUCAAAAUAUAACUUGUUAAUGAUAUCUAUCAUUUUGGGCAACUAAAAAAUGAGUGAUAUCCAUUCAGAACAUAGUAGGGUUAAAGUGUUUUCUGCUAGAAGAAAAUACAUUAUAUCUUCCUAACUAGAAUUUGUUCAAAGAUCAACACUGUUCUAAAAUUUUAAUUUAGCCCUAGUUUAAUGUGUACACAAUAAGUAUCUGGUUAAGAUUCUAGCAUUUGUUAUUUGAGUAGUCCACUCACCCAUUCUGAAGUCUGAAUAUGCUGUUAUAAAACAAUUUUGUAAGAGGUUAUGAUUGGUUCGUCACACAAUCAGUCAGAUGUAUUAUUAUAAUAAAUAUUUAUAUUCUUAACAUGUACCACAAUGUGUCAUGAGCUCAUUAUAUAUUAGUGCUAUCAUCUUUGCAGACUGAUGUGCAAGUGAAGUUUAAAUGAUAGCAUUAUACACAAUUCCUCCAUGAGCAUAGUUAGUUACACACAUGGAAUAAGGUCUCUGUCUUGAAGAGACUUUUCUUACCAUUAGUCUGUGGCUCUACAAGCACCAGAACAUUCAGACUAUCAAUUCAAUUCCCAUGUCUGUCUGCUUUAUACAAUGAUUUCUCCCCAUUGACUUGAUCCAGGCUUGACUUGUCCUCUGAGAAGAAAUAAUUUGCAAGAAUCCAGUACAGGAACAAGUGGCUGGAUAAAAUAUGAAAUUUCUCCAUGGAAUCUUCCUAAAUUUACACCCGAUGUUUCAAAUUUGAUCCUAAAUAUACAUUCAAGGCCCAAAAAGGGGAGGAGAGGCACCACUGAUCUUAUUUUAAGUAUACUAGUGCACUCUUGAGUGUGAAGAUAGUUUUGGUACCUUCAUUUAAUCCAAGACCAACACUAUCAUAUUUGGAUUUACUGAACUGUAUUCCAAAUUGACUUUCCUAGAGUUUUACAUAGUCAUCCAGCUAGUUUGUGUAAUGUACCACAGAAUUUAGAUACUCCAAUCCUAACCUCAAAGAUGUAUAGAACUGUCUACCUGAAUAAUUUAAUGUGGGUUUUCAGUAUUACUUUGUAUUUGCAUACUUAAUGGGCACCCUGUGCACACACCCCUCUCCUAAUAUUUCAAUAAUAAUAAUGUGACCAACCAUAAUAUAUUGAUUUUUUUACUACUAAAAAUUAGGAAUGUUGUAAAAAUGCAUCAUUACCCAGAAAUGGAUUAAACCUGCACAGAAAUUUUGGUAAUUCUACAUAAAGUGGUUCUUCUGUAAGCUUUUUGAAAAGAAAUUCUUGUUAUCAUCUCCUCUGCUGAUAUUUCCUAUGUCUAUAGAGGUUGUGAAUUAUCUGCAUUAUACUAAGAGAAGAUUUCCCUACCCAACAGGCUAUAUAAAUGGCAUUUUCUUUUUUUAAAAAAAAAAAGCUUAUCUGAAGAGGUAACAUGUUUCUAAGAGAUCAUCCUUUUAUAUUAUAGUUGUAACUCUGCACCAUUAGUGAUUUGGGUUGCAUUCUCUAUUCAACAACUUUGUACCAACCACAAAGUUAAUCAAAUAUACUUGAAAGGGUUUGGGUUAUUGUUUUCCUUUUCUCUCUCUCUCUCUCUCUCUCUUUUUAAUCUUUUUUGUUUUCCUGAGCACUAUGGGGUUUUUUUGCUAUUUGAAAUUAACAUCCUUCAAAUAAAGAUAUCUCCAGCUUUAGCGAUCAAUUAUGCUUAUUUUGUUGAUCAAGCUAAACAAUUAACAUAUAUUAACAAGAAGAAACAUAAAUCAAACUGAUAUGGGAAAAAAGCAAUUUUUUAAAGAAAACUAUUCUGAAUGAGUUACUUUAUUAGGCACGUUGGUGACUAAAGAAAAGAGAACACUGAAUCAAUGGAAAAAAAAAUUGAAAAGAGUAUACCAACCAGAGGGCAAUACUGUAUCCAUUAAAUCACAAAUUAAUUAUUCACAGUAACUUAUACAAUUUGCACAUUAUAUAUUAUGCAAAUGAUAGAUUUCAUAAUUUUGCAUAAAAUACAAGACAAAUUAUAUAAAUUGUCACAGAUGAUGAAAAACUGAUAUAACUUUGUCUCAUUCAGACUAUUUUGAAUACAGCUGAUUUGUCCAUUAUUUUGGAGAAUGUUUGGAUCAAAACAUGGCCUACUGCAUCUAAAAUCCUCUAAACAGAGGUCCUUUAAUUAAGUUUUAUUUGUAAAACAUACCCAAAUUUUUAACACUUUGAGAAUGUAGAAAACUGCACACAUUUUAUUAUAGAAAAAGAAUUAUUUAAAAAAUAUUCUAUUUGGCACAUUUAAUUUUGACCUUUUAUGCUCACAUUUCCACAUUAUAUAACACAAAUUGUGAUAAUGAUAACGUAUUUAUUCUUAAUUUGUCUGAUGUCAUUUUGCACGUAACUAAAUAGAACGUAUCCCUCACAAUAUAAGCACUGAAAAAGAUCUAACUAUAUACAUAAAACAUUUUUGAUGUGAAAAAUCUAUCACUUAGAAAAUUAUAAUUACUGUGAGUUAUUUAAAAUAAGUACUUUAUGAAACUUUGUAAAACAAUAUAUCUCAAUAAUUCUAGACCAAAGCCAACAUUGGUUAAGAUUUAUAUGUAGUGAUAAUUGUAUAAAUAUUUUCUAUAGCUGUUUAAUUCAUAUGGAAAAUAAUAGCUUCUGUUACAUGAGGGCUUUGUAUAUUUUGAUAAAAACAUGCUAACUUUGUAAUUCUGCUUGUUCACUACA